AUGGAAAAGGGAAGGGCAUGGAUAGGGAGGAAGUGUAGUGUUGGUAGGAACGAGGAGCAGAGGAAAAGAGCUGUAAGAUCCGCCGAGGAAAACCUACUCGAAAAAGGUUGUGGUGUGUCUGAUGGUGUCAGUGAUGCGAAGAGAAAGUUGGAGCACGUGAGAGACAGACACUCGAAAAAGGCCACAUUUUUGCUCAGAACUGUGAAAGAGGAUGAUGAAUUAAUGAUGCUUAGAGAUCCGUGGUUGCAAAAUCGUAUCGUGGGGUUCAAUACCCAAGGGGACAGUGAGGAGUCGUUGGAGGAGGAUAAAAAACCUCGUUCCACUGUCUUCGCCAACAUGAACGAUGAUCAGAGGUUGAUGAAGAAGAAAGGAGGCAGGUAUCUAGUGUGA